AUGCAACUUUUCAUCGCAGAUCUGUUUUGUGAUCUGCUGGAAGAUUCGUUCUUGAGGGAACAGCGUAGACAAGAGAGGCAGCUUUGUGAACUGUAUAAACAUGUGGCCGCAAUCCAAAGCGAGGCCUCCACCUGUGAGGUUCAAACUCAAACUGAUGUCGAGGUGGAAGAGCCUCAGAUAGACGUGCACGAAGAAUGCAAGAGUGUGGCUAGGUCCAUGCACGCCAACGAGGUCGCUUUGAGAGCCGAGCUGGAGCAAGCUCGCAAAGACUUAGCGGUGAAAGAGGAGGAAAGGAAGGAGGCGGUGGAACUGCAACUUUCACAUGAGAAUGUCUUGAUUAAUCAACAUGAGGCGUUACAGCUUGUUAACCAGAGUUUAGAAGAACUGAUGGACGCUAACAAAAGUCUAGAGGAACAGCUCAGAGAGAGGUCGUGCCAACGUAAGACAAUUGAGGUCCUGGAACGUAAAGUGGAAGACUUUGAAGACAACAAAGACAAAAUCUUUAGUCCCAGACAGAACCGUACCAUGAGCACGACGAGGAGGUGA